AUGAAGUUAAGAAUGCUACCUUGCUAUUUUAAUUGAUUUGACCUCCUUUCUCACAAUCAAGGUGUUGGCCUCACGCAGGAUCCUUGAUAAAGACUCCACCUUAAUCCUGUUCUAGGUAACUUUAGAUAUCAGACUUAAAAGUAACCUGUCGAUCGGUUGGUUCCAUUGAACAUGUUCACUCAAUUCCUCUCGAGCUGCAGUUUGUUACAUAUCCAGAAUUCAUCUCUCCAGCUUGCAUGGACUUCCAGAUAUGUCUGUGCUCCAUAAAUAAUCCCAAUCCAGGCGUAAUCAAGCCAGCAGCAAACAAUUUUGGAUACUUAUAAAUGGAUCACCAGCCACUUAUGAGCCAGCUCCGGUGAAGGAGAGAACUUCAUGCCUAUUUGAAUUCUGUCGUUGUUUUUAAGGAAUUAUUAAAGGCAAUUGGACUAAUGCUUCAGGUGUGACUGGGUCAUGGAUACAACAACAUCGGGGCAAUUCGGAGACGUUAACACAAAGAUUGUUGCGAAGGGAAGUCUGUGUGUGGAACUCUCGCUUUAUCCAGGUGAAUUCAUUGCUGCUUCAGUAUGCGUCUUUUCCUAGAUCCCACUCCAGGAAUUUUACUACAAUGUGGAAAUGGAUGCUGACCAGCGGUGUCUCGCCCUUGCCCCACUUUGCUUGCUUUCUUCUGUUCUCCCUGGCCUGCUCAGCCUCCGCCAGUUGUCGUGGCGAGCCCGAAGAUGCGCUAACGCUGGAUGCUACAAACUGUUCUUCAAGCCUGGAGCGCCACACACGCAGCUACAACCAUCUGCAGGGCGAUGUGCGGUGGCGGAGACUCUACUCGGCCACAAAGUACUUCCUCAAGAUUGAUAGAGCUGGGAAGGUAAAUGGGACAAGAAAGAAGAACUGCCUGAACAGUAUAAUGGAAAUCAGGUCAGUUAAUGUUGGAGUAGUCGCAAUCAAAGCGGUCAACACUGGCUUUUAUUUAGCCAUGAACAAGAAGGGAAAGCUAUAUGGCACGGAAGAAUACAACAACAAUUGUAAGUUUAAGGAAAGGAUAGAAGAGAAUGGUUACAAUACCUAUGCCUCUCUGAAGUGGAAGCACAAGGGGCGGCAAAUGUUCAUCUCAUUAAAUGGGAAAGGGUCCCCUCGCCGGGGACAUAAAACAAGGAGAAAACAUCUCUCAGCACACUUUCUACCCAUGAUGGUGCCCUAGCCAUCAGCUUGUGCCCACAUGCCCUGAAUUGUGCAUCAUUACCAAGUCUUGCCAUUUGAUGCUGCAAAUAAAAAUGCACAUUUUCUUUUUUUAAAUCAUGGAUCUCACAUACAGAGCUAUUUUCUCUGCAUAAAGCUUGCGUAAGCAACAGAGCAUUUACUGUUGUAAAUACAUGUUUUCUUGGGACCAUUUGCAGCACCUCUUCACCAAUAUAACUGUAGGACUUCUGUAGAGAAAAAGAAAACCCUUCAGCCACAAUAGACAGAAGAGGAGAGAAAAAAAGCAGUAGGAUUUAAUGGAACUAUUUGUUUCUUUCUGAAAUAAGGAAACUUGAAAGAAGCUUUCUUUUUGGCUUAGAGCAUGAACAAUAAUACUGACAAUGCUAUAUAUGUGUCUGGAGUUGGAGGAGGGGGAAGGAUAAAAAGGACAGAAUAAUUGUUGAGCACCUAUACCAAAGUUCAAAAUUGUUGUACUGCACAGAAGACUAUGCUCUAGUCCAAGAAAGACUGCAUUUGUAAUUUGCACCUGGUUUAGAGAAACUAUGUACAAGCAAACCAUGAAUAGAUAUCUUCCAUAAGUUCCUGACUGCAUAAUAACUUUGGAUCCACCAUGGAAGAUCCACACGUGGGAUGACCAAACUGAUUUAUUGUGAGCACUGAAGAGAUGGAUUUGUGACUGUUCUGUUACAGCUCACAACUGUGCUACGUAGCAAAUGUUGCACAGGUUGAUGUUGUUGUAGGAAAUGGUCAUAUUUAUGCAAAUAUAAAUCAUGGUGUUAUUCGUAGGUUAAUACAAUCAAACAUUUCAUUGGAAUGGAAUGGAUUUGCCAAACUACCAAUAUCACACCAGAACCGGGGAAGCUGGCUUUCAUGUAAUGUAACAACUCAAUAAAUCUCUUUCUUUCUUAGAAAGCACAUGCAAGAGAUGAAUUUCUAAAGCUUUUAAUGUGUUUCUUCAAGUGUUAACUCUUUUACAACAUAGUGAAUAAAGUGGUAUCUUACUAAUUAUUAAUUAAUCUUGCAGUUUAUGACAUUAUCUGAACCCUUUAUUGUGUGUUCACCAUAUUUGUGAAUUAAUGCAAUAAAAAUUGCCUAAAAAUCAAUGGCAGUUGCAAGCAAAUAUUGAGCGCAAUCUCCUAGUAUGGUUACGUUAAUCAAUUAUUAUUCCUCACCAAUUGUUUAACUUUAAUCAGCAACAUAUUUUCAAGUAUCAGAGCUCUACUUAUAAUCUCUACUUAUAAUCACUAAAAGAAAUUUGGAGUUGAAUACACAAAGGCACCUACUGCUCUGAUACUGACAAUCAGAUUAAUUCUAAAUUCAAACAUAGCCUUGAACAAAAUACAGUCUGCUGACUGUAAAGGAA